GGCGAGGACGCGCCGCUUUGGCAGCUGCCAAUGUGGGGCGGCGGAGGGGUGCCCAGCCGCCAGCUCGGGGCUCGCUCGCUCGGCGUGGGAGCGACGAAGCAGCGCGGAGGAAGCAGCUCGGGGAAGGGGGCAGCGGCGGUGCUUUCCAGCCCGCGCUGCUUUCUGGCGCUUGGCUUGAUAUAAGGCGACGUCCUCCCUGCUUUUGCGGGGUGGGGAGCAGAAAACUUUCUGACUUGUACGCGGAAGGGGGUGGAUCGCUCUGCGUUCGCAGCCAUUGCAGCCGCCCUUGCCCGCCCCUGAGUCCCCGCGCUUUAAUGUUUGUAAACAAUGAAUGCCAGAAAGGACUCGCGCAUCUGUGUGGAGGUGAUCAAAGAUCGUCUCUAUUUUGCCAUUCUCUUUCACAAACCAAAGAGCAGUAGUUCAAGCACACACUAUUUCUGCAUAGAUGAUGAAUUUGUAUAUGAGAACUUCUAUGCAGAUUUUGGGCCACUCAAUCUGGCAAUGAUUUACAGAUACUGUUGCAAGCUAAAUAAAAAAUUAAAGUCCUUUACGAUGUUAAGGAAGAAGAUUGUUCAUUAUUGUGGCUUUGAUCAGAAAAAACAAGCCAAUGCAGCCUUCCUCAUAGGCUGUUACACAAUAAUAUAUCUGAGAGAAUCUCCAGAAACGGUGUACAGGCAUUUAUUAUCUGGAAAUGUAUCAUAUCUUCCUUUCAGGGAUGCUGCAUUUGGUACUUGCAGUUUUCAUCUGACACUGCUUGACUGUUUUCAUGCGAUAAAUAAGGCUUUGCAGUAUGGCUUCCUUGAUUUCAAUGCAUUUGAUGUAGAUGAAUAUGAGCAUUAUGAGAGAGCAGAAAAUGGAGACUUUAACUGGAUAAUACCCCAAAAAUUCAUUGCCUUUAGUGGACCUCACUCAAGAAGUAGAAUUGAAAACGGUUAUCCACAUCACGCCCCUGAGGCCUAUUUCCCCUAUUUCAGAAGACAUAAUGUUACCACCAUCAUCCGCCUGAACAAGAGAGUGUAUGAUGCAAGAAGAUUUAGAGACGGAGGCUUUGAACAUUACGAUCUCUUCUUUGCUGAUGGAAGUAUACCUAAUGAUACCAUCGUCAAAACAUUCCUAAAUAUUUGUGAAAAUGCUGAAGGUGCUAUAGCAGUUCAUUGCAAAGCUGGUCUUGGCAGAACUGGCACCCUUAUAGCCUGUUACAUUAUGAAGCAUUACAGGAUGACUGCGGCUGAAACAAUUGCCUGGAUUAGAAUAUGCAGACCUGGCUCUGUGAUUGGAUCACAGCAGCACUUCUUGUUAGAGAAGCAGUCAGAACUUUGGAUGGAAGGUGACAUUUUCCGUUCAAAGCUAAGGAAGACCCAAAACUGUGUUGUUACAAAAAUCCUUUCAGGAGUAGAUGACAUUUCAAUUCAUGAUUCCAAAAGUCAGAAUGGCAGCAGGAAAGAUUCUGAACCGUUCAGUGAUGAAGAAGAAACAAACAUAGUUACACAAGGGGAUAAGCUUCGUGCCCUGAAAAGUAAAAGGCAGGCAAAACCAAACUCGGUUCCACUAACAGUAAUUCUGCAAUCGAGUGUUCAGCAAAGUAAACAGUCUGAACCUAGCAUUUCUGACAAUGCAGGCCUUACAAAAAGAACUACCAGGUCUACUGCAAGAAAAAGCAGUUUUAAAAGUCUGAUGCCUCAGAGGGAAAGAAGGAAAAGGGAUGCUUUACAACAAAUACGCUUAUGUGCUCCUAUCCCAAGAACUAGAACUGUGUUGCGUUAAGCAAUCAGAGCCGAAGAGGAAGCAGUUAAUGAAGGAGAUAUUGCUGUCAAUUAAAAAAUCGAAGCGAAACUUUUUUUUAAAGCAGUGGUCUAUUUUAACAUUGGUUGGAAAUUUUUUAAAGCUUGAAUAGAACUCUUGCACAAAGGCCCGAGGUUUUUAUGACUGUGAUGCUGAUUUAAAAGAAGAAUGUUGGAAGCAUUCCAAAAUGUAAAAAUGAUAAUGGUCUGUAAAUUUUAGCCAUGGGUUUAAAUAAUUCUCUUGUUAACAAGAGAACUUGGUAUGAUGCUUAUGUAAAUAAUGUGAUGGCAAUCGCUUUAGCUUAUGUCCACCACAAAACUGAUUGUGGGGAAUAUUUUUAGCUGUUUGAUAAUUUACACGUGUCAUCUCAAUGUGAUUUCUCUUCUAUAAUGGAGGGGAAGGAAUUGGGAAGAUAACUUUUUUUGCUCAUAACAUGCUCAAAAUUUGACUAUCCUAAUUGUAUUAGGAUUUUUAUCAUCUAUAACUGGUUUCUAAAUUACCGUCCACCAAAGAGUGCUUUAUAUUAUGAUUUUCUGAGUUUUGUAAGCUACCCAACUGCCUAAAGUGUUACUUAUUAUUACGUUUAAUUAGUACAAACAUCUCUGAGGAUUAAUGAGUGUGCUGUAUUUUGAAGCCACUUUUUGAAAUGGGCUGCAAAAAUCACAAACAAAAAAUUCCUAGACCGAGCCUCACCAAAAAUAUCACUUGAAGCCAAGAUCACCAAACGGAGACUGUCGUACUUUGGCCCUGUCCUGAGAGCCGACUCGCUCGAAAACUUGAUCAUGCUGGGAGUGAUCAGUGGAAAAAGGAGAAGGGCCACCCCAGCACUCAUUGACUGGACACCAUAAAGAAAGACAGUGGGAUGGACAUGGCGGUCUUGAAGAAAACUGUGCAAGACAGAGCGGCAUGGAGAGCAACGAUCCACAACUGAAUGGUUGAUGACAAUGACGUAUGAUACUAUGUGGGUGGAGAGAUGAUCGCAAAGCUGCUGCAGUUAAUAAAGGCACUCAUUAAAGAGGCCUUUUUCAGAACGUAAUUUACACGGUCACUCCUAUACUCCUCCAUCCCAUAAAAUGCUAGGACAGUCCUGCGCCUUCCACCCAAGGCUUUAACAUUGGAUGAAAGGAUGGCUUGGCCAGUUUGAGACCUGUUUCCAAGCAGUGGCAGCAGCUGUCCUGCAUUUCAGAAAGUUCUCCAAGUCAUACUUGGAGAAGAAAGAAAUUGACCUGCUGGCCUUGUGUGUGCAAAAACGGGCUCCACUGCUCAGCUUGGGUUGCCAUGGAGCUAUGACUGAGGGGAGAUAGUUGUGGUAGCCUCAUUUCUGUUCUGCCUGCCUGGCUCCAUCAAAGCUUUAAUCACUUCUUGUCUUUCGAUGCAGUGGUGGUAGCUCUGUACUGAAGUCUAGAAAAAGAGCACGGUGACCUGCUACAAUUACCGCUCCUUGCGUUGAAGAGCUGGGAGAAACAGUUGCAGAAGCAUGAUGGUGCUCUUUGUGUCCUUAGUAAUGGGCACAGCAGUUAGAGCACUAAUGAGCUGCAGUAAUGCCUUGCCUGCCUUUCCGAUUGAGCUCUUCCCAGCAGAAUGUGGUCUGGGUCACCUGAGGAUAAUUGAUACUAGCCAAGAGCAGACUCCUGAUGUUUGAGCUUGCAGAGAUUGAUGGCAGUUCAGUGUUGAAACAUUGGGAGGGGUGGCAUAAAGUAACCCUCGGACAAGGAGGGAAUAGGAAUUCUUCGGCCGAGCAACUCGCUGAUAGCAGCACUUUAAAAUCUUUAUAUAUUUAGGCAUUUUUGGUUUUUUACACUUUCUACUCAUGCAGCAAAUCCAUGCACAUUACAAAAGAAUCUGGAGUGUGUUUAAAGAGGCAUGUGAAAAACUAGUCUGUCAUAUUGGGCCUCACUGCUGCUGUGCUAGGACUGGGCACAUUUCUGUAAACAUGCCUUGUGAGGGAGGAUUUUCCUGCAACAGUUAAAAGUUUCAGCAGCAGUUUCCUGCUGCUGAAGAAUCACCAGGAAACAAUUGCAGUUUGUGUUACCGCUGAGCCUGAGGCAUUCUUAUUGUGUACUUUGCAGUUGAUAAACCUUGCUUUCAUAUAAGCAUGCAGAAAACAGUUUUGUGUUACAUUCUAGAGGAAGUGGUGCUUCCUACAUCACACAUGCAAAAGUGUGGCAAUUAUGCAUACAUACACAACUGUUUGGGUCAGUAUUCUUGGCAUCAUAGACGCAAGAAAACACCCAUCUGUAAGUUCACACUUUAUCUGUUUGCUGCUGGAAACAUCACUUCUUCCAGAAUUAUUCUACAUAGAGCUGCUCAUGAGAUCUUGGCCUCAUUUUUAUUAAACUUCCAGGGCUUAAAUCUAACAUUACUUUUUCAACGUUUAUGUAAACCACAGCUCCAGGUGUUUAAGUCACUCUGCAUGAGAAGUGGGGAAGCUAUAACCUUUCGAUAAUGCUAGACUCCCAAGUCCCACCAUCGAGCCAUGGAAGUCUAAUAGAAGUUGGUAUUCAGCAAGUACUAGAGGAUUGUACAUUCCCCCACCCUGUUCAGCAUGGGGUCUAGAGCAGCUUUCUCCAACUUGGUAAUCCCUUCUGCAUGUGUUCUACUACAGCUCCCAACAUCCCCAGCUACUAUGGCCAUGGCUAAGAGUUGGGGCCCAGCAAACCCAGCAUCCACAUCACUAACAAUUUGAGGAAGGCUACCCUACAGCAAGCCACAAAAGCUCUCUGGAAUUUAAGACUCUCCCAUUUGCUGUUAGAGCAGGUCACUCUUGCUGGAGUUCUGAAAUUACUACUUCCAGAAAGCUUUUAAAAAGAAUGCGCUUGUUCUGUAGUGGUAUGCGGCCAGCUACUCAAGCUCAUACUCUUCCCUAUGGCAUUUAAUACGGUUUCCAUUCCGGAAUCCAAGGGUGUUUAAAACAGUAGCUUUGUCAUCUACUGUGGAUGGAAAAAAUGACAUCACACCAUUCUCCUGUAUCUCCAGCAUCAUAGACGAGAUCUACAGACAAGCUUCCGCUAAGCAGUUCACACAGGAGUAAUCUCUCUGCCUGGAAUGAAUGAAUGAAUGAAUACACUAUAAAUUAUUAAUAGGAAUCUUAAGUUUUUAAAUGUUGUUACCUGCUUUACUUUUUGUUUAGCAUGAUGCUGUAAACGAGGGAAGUUACAUUCCUCCUGUAGAACUGAAAAUGGAUGGAUGUUCAGAUUUUGUUAAAUCUGUUCCCAUCUGUGUUUCCUGUAUGACCAGGUGUCUUUCAUGCAGUCAUCCAUACUUUGGCAGAAUUCUUUUUUUCUUUUAGGAAUGUACAAGAACUUGUGCCACUCACACAAGGGUGACUGCACAAAUCCCCCCUCCCCAUUUUUUUUAAAGUCCUCAAGUCUAUGAAAUUCAAAUAACUCAAAGCCAAAACACUAGAAUCUGCAGGAUGGAUUCGGAGAUCUUGAAUUCAUUUGAAUCUGUUGUGGGUUUCUGUAUGUUAGCUUCAAGAGACAUACUGUGUUUUUACUAGGUCUGGUCUUCAGUUUUGUAAGACAUGCCCUGACUUUCCUUGCCAUGCUUGUAGUCCAUUUAGCCAUUGAUUUCUACUUCUGUGGCAGUACAAACUAGCAACUGCUCAAAAUCUUUUGUUUCUUCUGCCAUAACUAAAAUUACUUAUUUUGUACUCUUAGCAGUAGAAAUAUAUCCUCUGGUAUUUCUCUACAGAUUUAGGAGGUUUUUAAGAGUGAUUUCAAACUAAUUUGCUUUUUAGGGCUCCUGUUCUUAACACUGAUGUGUAUCAUGUAUUUUAAGAAGUAGCGCCAGCCUUAAACUAUUCCAUCUAGUUUUAGCUGGCAUCCUUAAAUUUAAGUCUGAGAACCCAGUUACGCUUUGCAUCCGAUCAGCUGAAGUUCAGAUGAACACCUGACAUGCUUGCGCUGAGAUAGUGUCCACUUCUGUUGCUCUACCAUGAAAGACACAGGAUGAAUAGAUGCAUCUGUCCCCAGACUAGUAUAUUUAAUAAAGAUCAUUCCCCUUUUCAUGCUCAUUGAGGAUCUCCCUUUCUACAACUAAUUACUGUUCUGGAAUUGUAGAAAAGUAAUGCUAAUGAGACAUUGGAAAAACUCAUUGUUGCCUUGUAAAAUUGUGUAAAUUAGCUGCUCACUGAUGUAUAAAAUACUAACAAAAUUGACAAAUAUUUUAUGGUCGCCUGAAGCCUGUAUGUAACCACAAGUGCCAGCUGGUAGGUUCAGAGUCAGUCCAUGAAUUUUUGCUAUACAAGUUGAUGUUCUUGGAGAAAACAGCCUAAACGAAGGAGGUGAAUAGGAUUCUAAAGUAUGCUUAAAGUGUUUUCUCAUUUAAGAGUUAGAAGCAGGGCCUUAACAGAGUAUAGGAAUUCAAUUCGGUCCCUUUCUCACUAAAUGUCCCUGCUGGGUUACUGGCUGUUUCCCCACUCUUCCCCCCCACACACACACACACACACUUUUGCUGCACUUGGCAUCAGCUAGGAAAUUCAAAAGGACCCUGAACUUGAUAAAGGAGCCCCAGCAUUAACUUAGAAUGCAAUCUUAGGUGUAUUUAGUAGAAACUCUUGAAUGUUUUCAAUAGCAGCUACUGCCAGGUAUGUCUGGAAUUACAUCUUCCACAUAUCAAAAACUUGAAAAGCAGUCACCUUAAACUAAGCUAUAAGAUUUUUUAUAUAAUUUUGCACACAUUUCUAAUCUUAAAAUAGAAGUGCCAGUAAUGCUAGCCCAACUAACCAAUGCUCCAAACUGACUGAAGGUACAUCUUAUACUGUUAAGUCUAUCAGUUAAAUAAGAGCCCCAAAUCAUGUUAUCUCAAAGCACAUUUAAGAAACGGCCUGACAUCAGUCUGGAAAAAUAUCCCAUUUUUGAAUGAGUCAACUAUAUGAAGUGUGUUUGCUUCAUCUUUCCUGCCUUAUAAACCAAAGAAGGUCCUCAGUCCUUUUCCACUGCAUAAUUUGCUACAGCUUCAGUUUGUAACAAAUUAAGUGGCAUUUAAGACAUUUAUUUUGCCUUUGACACAUAAUACAUACCAAAGGAAGUUAUUUCACUUCUGUACUGGUUAGCACAAUUGCAGUAUAUUCUUCAGACUCCCCAUUACAGUGAUGUUACUCCCAAACAUUCACCUGCACUUGACAGCUGUGCUGUUUAAGGUCUGGACAAAAAUCAAGCUUUUUUUCAGAGUUGCCACUUGCAGUUUACAAUUAUGUUGUCCUGCAGUUUUUCUAUGUGUUGCCUUGUAAACUCUUGUACAUACUGUUUGUUCAAAGUAUAUGGUGUAAUCAAUACUGCUCAUCUUAAAAAAUCUAAUAUUUUUUAAAGCCAGACAUUUAUUUUACUACAUAUAUUUUAAGGGGAAAUGUAACCUGUAGUAUACAUCUCAUUAUAUCAGUGUAAUUUGAUUAUUUAAAUACUAACCUGUACAAGAAUUGUAUACAAAUAAAAUCUAUUCCUUAUAUGAGGCUCCACCACAAGUGAUGGAUAAUACAGAACUUUCCAGAAGUCCA